AUGCAGGAAGAAUCGAAAUACCAGUUUAUUGAACCAGAGGAACUCGAAGAGUUUGAAGCCUACUAUAAACAGCAUGGUCGCGAAAGUAUCGCAGAUUUUAUGGUAAACAAGAUAAAAGAAGUCGAAAACGUGUCUGUGAAAAUUGCUGUGACUGGAAUGGCUGGUUCUGGGAAAUCAACAUUCAUCAACACAUUCAGAGGUCUUACUGCUGAUGAUGAUGGUGCAGCGCCUGCCGGAGAUAUUGAUACAAAUGAGGUCCCCCGGGAGUACCACCACCCACAAAUUAAAAACAUUACCCUAUCGGACUUACCUGGAAUUGGGACGCACAAAUUUAACAGAGGAAAUUACGAAGAAAAGGUUAAUUUUGGUUCAUAUGACUUUUUCCUAAUCUUCACCAACAUCCGUAUUUUUGAGGACGUUCUAUGGCUUGCUAAAAAAGCUCAGCUCCGGCGUAAGAAAUAUUUCAUUGUCCGAACACGUAUUGAUGCUGAUAUAGAAAGUGAAAGACAAUGUCAACCACUAACACAUGACGCCUCUCGAUUACUGGAGAUAAUCCGUGAACAAACUAAAAAACUGCUUGAAGAACAACGUGUCUAUCCAGAGGACGGUGUUUAUCUAAUAUCUACACUCCUCAGCUAUGUAGACCAGUGGGACUAUCGGAAACUUGAACGCGACAUACUGCAUAGACUUCCCAGAGUAAAACGGGAAAUCCUUACCUUUUCUCUCAACAACCUAUCCGAAGAUUUGAUCAAAGAAAAAUGUCAGACACCCCGAAGUCGCCUUUGGAAAAUGUUAUCCUUUUGGAAGUGA